AUGGUGCAAGACAGCGAUUACGGUGGCGAGUCUACGGAGGAGGACAGCGAAGAUGACGACGAGAAGCCACAGAAGCGCCCGAACCCGCUGCUGUCGUUCGACGAGUUCAGCCAACUGCCGCUUAAUGUAUGGCUGAUGGUGAUGGACCUCUUCAGCCCGAUCGAUCUGCUGAACCUCGCCCGCUCACACACAUUUUUCAAGAAUCACGUCACGAAUUCCCCGAAGAAAUGGGGCUACCUGCAGAAGAAGAAUAUCACGCGCAGCCACGUCGCUUGCCGCCCGCAGCACAAGACCCCCAUCGCUGGGAUUCGGUUCUGUUCGUACCGUUCCGCAUUGGAGAUCCUGCUGAGCAACGCGUAUUUCGAUCAGUUUGGCUACGGCGCCGGCUGGGGACUGCCCUACCCCGAGCAGUACAAGAGCGUCCCCCAUGUCCGCGCACAUACUGCCUUGCUGCCGAUCAAAGGGCCGACGGAUGAACUCUGCCGCGAGAUUGCCCUCCUCGAGCCAUAUCGUGUCGCGGUGUACGCCGACCCGAAAGGCCAGCCGGGCGACUUUGGCGCAGCGCUACGGGAUGUGAUUGGAAUGAACCGGCCAUCGCUCUGGGCGUACUUCGGGCGCGAGAUCGACGAGAUGGCCAUUCUGAUCGAGGCCAAGGGUCCAUCCAUUCGUGCCUACAUGUCCCUCUACAUGCAUGUCCCUCGUCCCAACAUGGACCUCUACAAUAUCCGCCCGGCGUCUCUCACGCUUGAGAUGAACCCGGCGCUUGUUGUGCAAUUCCACCGCACCCUCAUCCCCGCCAUCAACACCAUCAUCGAGCAAUGGGAGCGGCGUGAACGCGAGAUUGACGCCGUCGUGCUACAGAAUUUCACUCCUUCGAACCAGUGGCCAGUCAAUAAUUUGAAACACAAAUCUCGCGAGGAAUUCGCUGCUUUGUACGAAGAACUGUGCCAAGGCAGAACCGACGCCCAUAAGAUUGUUGUCGAUCCCGAGCGUCGGCAGUAUUUCGUGAUUCGUCGUGGACCCGAGAGUGACGAGGGACUCGUCGUCGCCUGCAUCAAUGCCAAAAUCGUGCUCGCCACAUGCGACUACACGUUUGCCAGGAACCGCAUCCCCGGCGAAGCCAAGGACUACCUGCAAGCUUUGGAUGCCGUCAAAAAGAAGAUGAAAAAGCUGCACGCGGCACAACUGAAACCUCUCGCGUACAAGCGCAUAUACGAGAUGACCAUGCAGGAAUGGGCCAACAGGCAGCCCUACAAUCGGAUUCCCGACCGCGAAAAGGCCAUCGAUCGUAUGCUGGAGGGGCGCUCCUGGGGCCGUGGCAACCUGCCAGAGGAGUUCGACGAGAAGGACGACCCGAUCAUGAAGGCCUACCGCCGUGUGGCGAAA